AUGAAUCAUUCAAUUAAUAUUAAGUUUGAUAAAUAAUUAAUGUCAGUCGAUUUUUCUAUAUUUUUUGGAAAUUAACCAACUAUCCUAAUUUAGACCAAAGAAUAACAUGCAGAAUUUUAAAAUGAGGAAGUCUAGAAAGUUUGUCAAUUGUAUUUAAAAUUGUUAACUGUUUUUAUUAAAAUAAUUAAGAAAAAAAUACCUUUUGAUUAUAAUUAAUUCCAUAACUUAGCUAAUAAGGUUUAAAUUUAAGAAAUAAUCACAUCAAUUUAGAGUUAAUAAAUGAAAACGAAAAUUAUCAAUCUUUAAAAAUCUUUGUUAAAAAUUGAAAAAUUUUGUAGUGCAAACACAACAAUUCAACUAGUUGGUUUAGAUUAUUUCAUAAAUACUAUUCCAAAAAUAUUUUAUUUAUUAUUUGCUUGCAUAGUUGAUAGCUCAACUAGUGAAUCUAUAAUAAUUAAAGGUUAAAUAAUUGAAAAUUAAUUGAAGCUAAUUAAAAUACAAGGACAAUUCGAUAUUACAAAGUUAAAUGAUUAUACUAGAAGAAUUAAGAGCUACUUACUUAUUAUAUGUAAAGAAAUAAAAGCAUAAUAAUUUAGUAUAAUUUUUAGCUAAAUUAUUUUAGGUAUUAAUCUUGAAUUUAAUGAUGAAAUUCUUUAGCCAUUUACCAAUAUUAAAAUGCCUUAAUUACAUUUUAAUUAUUCAAAGAAGAAGUUCACUUAAUGA